CUCCGCGCCAAAGUUAAGUAUUUCACAGCACAAUGAAAACUCUUGGCAUGCUGAAAGUUCUCGAGGUGCUGUGCCUGGCGCUGUGCACCUUGCUGUGCCUGCCAGACAUGUGGAGCCUCCUGCUGCACUCCUGGAGGCUGCAGCAGGCAGUGCAGGAGUGGCGGGACGGCGGCCCCCACACCACCCUCGUGGGCCGCCUGCGGGAGCGUCUGGCCGCCGCUGGCUGGCUGGCACCCCCGCGGGACCCCCUCCUGGAGUGCGGCGUCCCCCUAGGUGGAGGCUGGACGGAGACGCUGCAGCGGCUGUACGGCGCUGACAGCUAUCUGUUCUGCCUGGAGAGGGAGGUGGAGCAGGCCCAGCAGGAGCACCUGGCCUUCCGGGCAAACCUCCUGCUGGCAGCGGCCUGCGCCGCCUCCGUCACCGUGCUGGCCGCCCUUAUGGCUGUGUGCGGCUGCCUGCUGCUGAGACUCGCCCGGCGCCCCCAGCAGCAGCAGCAGCAGCAGCAGCAGGCCGCUGAGGCCGCCAGGGAAGUCAUGCCCCCUGGUGAGGCGCCACGCGGUGAGGUUCAGCCCAGGACGGAUAGGCCCAAAGGCUGCCCAGGAAAGCCGGCCCGGCCCUCGGUUGUCAGUGUCCUCAGUAAGAGGCGCUACAAGCGGCGGGUCGCUGGGCGCCCUAAGGCUGCCUCGUCCGGUCCCGUACCUGAGGCGAACCACGUCCUGCCCUGCCCCGUGGCCGCCGGGGGCCAGGCGAGCCACGACACGUCUUCCCCAGUGGCCGCCGAGGUCCAGGUGAGCCACGACGUGGCCUCCCUAGUGGGCGACAUGGCCCGGGAGUGCCACAACAUGGCCUCCCCAGUGGCCGACAUGGCCCGGGAGUGCCACAACAUGGACUCCCCAGUGGCCACAACGGCCCGGGAGUGCCACGACAUGGCCUCCCCAGUGGCCGACAUGGCCCGGGAGUGCCACAACAUGGACUCCCCAGUGGCCACAACGGCCCGAGAGUGCCAACCCCCGCCAGUCAGCAGGACGGGAGACGCGGCCUGUGACCCUGCUGCCCAGGCCACUGGGCGAGGCCAGAAGGAGGCUACGCCUAGCCCAGUGGUCACGAAGGGGCCAUCGCAGGCCGCCCAGGCUCAGGAGCCCCCAGGGCUUGACACCCCUCCCAAUGAGGAGGGAGGGGCGUCCCUUCCUCACGAGGCAGGAGUCUUUGGUCCAUCUUCCCAGGACCAGGGAAGAGAGACUCCUGCCUCAGAGGAGAAGCCCUGCACGCCCCCGCCCGUACAGGAGGCGCCACUGGAGGCAGACGAGGCAGCCUCAGUGGUGCGCUGCCUGCACGUGAACCCCAGGUUCAGGGAGCGCCUGGAGGGGCCUAACGGGAGCUUCCUGGAGCACCUGGGCCUCCAGUACGGCGUCCUGGUCUUCACGAUCCCCGCCAAAAGGAAAAUGCAGAUCAGGGGCGCCAAGCAGCGCGUCCUUGACUGCUACGAGGCCGUGAGGGCGCUGCUGGCGGAGUGGCAGGCGCAGGACACCGCCUAGUGGCGAGGCGGAGGUGACCCACGACUGUCGCCGCGCAGGUCACGGCCGGUGCAAAACAGCGCCAGGGAUGAAGCGUGUGUGUGUGUGUUAGCGCACCACGCGAUGAAGUGACCGUUAGUUACGUACGCAGGAAAACAGCGAUGGAGGAUAAUAGAAGGAUACCGAGAGAACAGGGCGGCGUAUUACUUUAUGGACAGAGGAAUCGAUGCUAUCAAAAGAAAGGAUUUUAGUUUGAGGAACAGAAAAAGGAUUUCAGUUUAAGGAACAAAGAAAGGAUUUAAGUUAAAGGAACGAAAGGAUUUAAGUUAAAGGAACAAAGGAAGGAUUUAAGUUAAAGGAACGAAAAAAGGAUUUAAGUUAAAGGAACGAAAGGAUUUAAGUUAAAGGAACAAAGGAAGGAUUUAAGUUAAAGGAACGAAAAAAGGAUUUAAGUUAAAGGAACAAAGGAAGGAUUUAAGUUAAAGGAACAAAGGAAGGAUUUAAGUUAAAGGAACGAAAAAAGAAUUUAAGUUAAAGGAACAAAGGAAGGAUUUAAGUUAAAGGAACAAAGAAAGGAUUUAAGUUAAAGGAACGAAAAAAGGAUUUAAGUUAAAGGAACAAAGGAAGGAUUUAAGUUAAAGGAACAAAGGAAGGAUUUAAGUUAAAGGAACGAAAAAAGGAUUUAAGUUAAAGGAACGAAAAAAGAAGUUAAGUUAAAGAAACAAAGGAAGGAUUUAAGUUAAAGGGAAGAAAAAAGGAUUUAAGUUUAAGGAACAAAAAAGGAUUUAAGUUAAAGGAACGAAAAAA